UGUCUUCUCCUGUGUGUUUCAGGCUAUACUGAUUUUCUGCUGGGUUUAUGUGCGCAAGUAUCAGAGUCGGCGGGAAAGCGAAGUGAUUUCGACCAUAACGGCGAUCUUUGCGUUGGCAGUUGCUCUGAUCUCGUCAGCACUACUACCAGUGGAUAUCUUUUUGGUUUCGUAUAUGAAAAACCAAAAUGGUACAUUUAAGGCCUGGGCUGAUGCAAAUGUUUCAAGACAAAUUGAAGACACUGUACUUUAUGGAUACUACACUUUGUACUCCAUCAUACUGUUCUGCGUCUUUCUGUGGAUUCCCUUUGUCUAUUUCUAUUACGAAGAGAAGGAAGAAGACAAUGGCGACACGUGCUCACAGGUUAAAACUGCACUCAAAUAUACUCUGGGAUUCAUCACAAUUUGUGCAGUUCUUCUCUUAAUUGGUGCUUUUGUUCCUUUGGAUAUUCCCAACAAGAAGAAUUCCACAGAAUGGGAGAAAGUGAAGCUCCUAUUUGAAGAAUUUGGAAGUAGUCAUGGCUUGACUGCUCUUUCAUUUUCCAUUAGUUCCUUGACUGUGAUUGGAAUGUUGGCAGCCAUCACUUACACAGCUUAUGGAAUGUCAGCUUUGCCCCUAAACUUGAUUAAGGGAACUACCAGUGCAGCUUACGAACGUUUAGAGAACACUGAAGAUAUUGAAGAAGUAGAACAACGUUUAUUACGGAUUAAAUCAAAGUGCAGAGAUGGUCGACCUCUGUCAUCAAGGGAUAGACGGACUGUACAACAGCUAGAAGAGAGGCUAAGGACACUUCGAAGAAGAGAGAGACAUCUGGAAUCUAUUGAGAAAAGCUGGUGGACAAAGUUCUGUGAAGCCAUCAGACCUCUCAAGAUUGUAUGGGGAGUAUUCUUCAUCAUCGUGGCACUGCUCUUUACUGUGUCUCUGUUCUUGUCAAAUUUGGACAAGGCUCUGCAUUCAGCUGGAUUUGACUCGGGAUUUAUAAUUUUAGGAACUAAUCUGACCAAUCCAUUGAAUAUGUUGUUGCCUAUUCUUCAAACAGUUUUUCCACUUGAUUAUAUUCUCAUAACAACUAUUGUCAUGUACUUCAUCUUCACUUCAAUGGCAGGGAUUCGAAAUAUGGGUAUAUGGUUCUUCUGGACAAGGCUUUAUAAAAUCAGACGAGGAAAAACUCGACCUCAAGCACUCUUGUUUCUCUGCAUGAUACUUCUGUUGAUAGUUCUUCAUACAAGUUACAUGAUCUACAGUCUUGCCCCUCAGUAUGUAAUGUAUGGAAGCCAGAAAUACCUAGUACAGACAGAUGAAACAAUUGAGCUGGAGCAGUUGGGAAAAUGGAUUUAA